ACGGUCAGUCGGCGUCUGUGGCGAGCGCGCGCGGACGUACACAUGGCAACGCGGGGGCGCGCGAUGGCUCUGGCUUUGUUUUCAUUUAUUUUUCUCCAGAUUUUUCCUUCGUCUUACCAACACACUCCUGCGCUUGUCGACAAGAGUUCAGAUGACUCCACAUCCCAAGACCACAGAGUAAGAGAAAAUGGAGUGGCUGGUGAGAGCCGGGGUGGCUCAUAUGGGGACGGCUCAUUGUUCACGGCGGAGAAGCUGCUCAGACAGGCGCUGCAGCUUCACGACUGGCGGCCACAGUCUCCUCCUCGGAGCAGGCGAAAGUUGCUGCAGUCAGCAGGAAUUAUGCCCUACUCUCCUCUGAAUGUAGCUUACAAUGGCAAAACCUGCAUUCUCUUUAGGGCCAGGAAGCUGGCCAUCAGAUACAGAAACCACACUUUAGUAGACCUGACCGAGAGGGCUUUUGGCCCUGAUGCACUGGUGGACACCAAAGGAUCGUUCUGCGGCAAAGAUAAAGCCACACUCAACCUACGUUUUGGAGAUGUGGAGGACCUCAGAGGACUUUCCAUCAGACUGCAGAUGUCCAACACUUUCUACGAGUCAGCAGGACAGAACUGGUUCACUCUGGACAGUGUUCACAUCCACUACAACUGGACACACGAGGCCACAUUCAACGCAACUGACGUUUAUGCUCCGUCCACCAACUCCUAUCACUGCCAACAUGUCAGCAGCCUCCAGAAAUACGACACGCUGCUGGUGCCCAGCUCCAACACUGACAACUCAGCAAACUGGCAUAUAACAUUCACUGAUUUUCAGAUCCAGGCUUUCAACGUGCAGUCCAGCAAGUUUGCCUCAGCCAGCGACUGUGCCACCUUCUUCACCCCGGCCAUCCUCAUGGGCCUCAUCACCUCCCUCAUCCUGCUGCUCGUCCUGGCCUACGCCCUGCACAUGGUGGUGCACCUGAAGCACAUCGACCGUUACGAAGAACACAAGACCACUGUGUAUUUUCCUCGCAAUACGGAAGUCGAAUGCACAGAGAAGAACAACGUGUAGACCUCCAGGAUCCUCCUGAGGACCUCCAAGCAGAGAGAGGGACAGUUUGGCUCUGAAGCCCGUUCAGUGAAAGCCGACGGCAGGCUGGAAGCACAUCCUUCAGAGCUUUUCGGCUCUGACUGCACUACUACACUCGCAGCACUGUGGUAGGACAGUGAGAGUCCAAAGCUGAUUCCUGUGGGAUUUUCAAGCUCUGCUGCAUUACGGUGGAUUCUGAAAUACCGAGAUUCAUAUCUGCCAGCGUUCAACAAAAUGUCUUUGAUGGAAAAUGCCGUUAGAGGCACGUGAGCAGGAGAACUGUGGAUGUUUUUUGAAUGAAAUUCAGAUUAGCACAAUAUCCAGUGUACCUUGAAUUUGCAUCGUCUGUCUUAGCAUAUAACUUUCUGGCGAGGACCAGGUUCAUUUAGUUAUGGACAAUUUAUUACACUUACAAACUGUGUAUAAACCAUAUUAUGUAAUUGAGCUACUCCAAAUUUUAAGUCCUGACCUGUCUUUAUGUGUUAGACACUGAUAAUAUGGAAAUACUAUGCCUAAAUUAAUGAAUUUCAAUUUUUUUUCUUUUUAAGAAGUGUUAUCUGUAAAAAUAAGUCUAAAAAAAGCCUACAGUACUGUGCAAAUGUCCGAGACCACGCCUCAUUUAUUUAACUCCCAGUCAACAUUGUUCUCCGUUUUUCAGGAGAUACGUCUGAGGAGAUGUAAGAUAAUCUAAUGAGACCGUCAAAGGAAAAUGAGUGAGAAACUGGAGUUCAAGACAUUAAAAAAUAUAGAGGAAAUUAGACUCCUAACGACCAUGCAAGAUGCGGAAGACACCAAAACUGUCCCCAACAGAUAAACAGCACUUUCCAAUUUGAGAGAGAGGAGAAAAUCAAGCUCCACUCUUACUUCAGAGCUGAAACAAUCCAAAGGUGUUUCUGUCCAUCCUUCCACUGUGAGAAGACAACUCGGCACCAUGAGUCUGGAAAGAAAACAGACAAAAUUUUGCCAAUCAAACGAAGAGCGAUAGAGUGACCACCCCAGCGUCCAGGCCUCAACAUCACUGAAUGUGUUUGGAAUAAUUUGGAUUAUGAGAAGCAAGAAGUGCAGCCCAACUUCUAAGACUGAACUUUGGAGGUGUGAAGUAAAUCUCCUGAAAAGAAUGAUAUUAUGUUUAGUUGUUGAGGCUUGUGUAUAUUUUUUUCAGCUAAACACAUUUGGUACCGUUAUGACUGUAAAUUAAGUGAAUAAUAAUAGGUGGUCUGCGACGUUUGUACAGUACCGUAUAAAUCAGUGAUGUACACUAAGAAUGGUUUCUAUGCAGUAUGUAACGAAACCCAAAGUGUCACCAAAUACCAAAUCUCCCCCUCGAGGAUGUGCAGAGGAUGAAUUAGGCGGUUUUAUUCUUUACUGGGAGAUGUGUUUUUGAAUAGUUGUGUUAAUGCAUUUCUGUGUAAACUGUAUGUUUACUCCGGUUUUGUAAUUUCUUAUUUUUUUAAUUCGUAUGUGUACGCUUUUAAGCUGAGCCUUUGACACCGAGGUGGACAUCGACCUCUUAUUAAGCAGUUGGAUUUUAUCUACAGCCAAUGAAGCACAAAGGAAGCAACAUCAAGUUGUAUCAUACAGCAUGCCAGUGGCUGCAACCAUUUCAAUACCACAGUCUGGUGGUUGGCAUUGUAUAACCUAUACUGAUAAUAAUCAUUAUAUUCUAAUAGAGGGGAAAAAAUAUACUUUCUUCAUUUACACAUGUAUGAAAUGGACGAUCGUGUGUUGAUGUUAAAUUCUACUUGUCCUCUCUGUUUCUGUUGAGUUCAAUAAAACCAGCAGCACAUUCAGGAGAGCUGUCAGUCAUG